AUGUUGAUAACUGUAGUUAUUGUCUUCGCCCUGUCUUGGCUGCCUUUUCAAGCUUUGGAGAUGCUUCGUCAGUACAACAGACCACUGUUUGAUUCACUUCCGAUUGAGUUACUGUACACCACACCUUGGUUUGGUUACGCUAACAGUGCUAUUAACCCAAUCCUUUAUGUGAUAUUCUCUGAGAAUUAUCGUCAGGAGUUUUACCGCAUUCUGUGUCGAGGUCCAACCAGGAAGGACCGCUACAGAAGGACAAUCAUAAGCCGAAGUACCACUACUAGAUCAACUCGUCUGUCACGUGCAAGCUCAUUGGCUGUAAGCAUUCCGCUUCAAAAGCUUAGAGAGGAAGCGAAUUAUAGACGACAAGGCCCUGAGUCACCCUAA